AUGGGCACUGUCACACAUCUACUGCUGUGCCUGGCCAGCCUUUUCUAUGUUUCCGUUCAUUGCCUUUCGUUGGGAGGGAAACAGUAUAAAGUAACAUGGGACGAGCACUCACUCUUUGUCCGUGGAGAGCGUGUCAUGUUUUAUUCCGGAGAGUUCCAUCCCUUUCGACUCCCCGUACCUGGGCUAUGGCUGGAUGUCUUCCAAAAAAUCAAAGCUCUUGGCUACACCGGUGUAUCCUUUUAUGUUGACUGGGCGCUUCUUGAGGGAAAACCCGGCCAGUUCUCUGCCGAAGGUGUCUUUGCUUUGGAGCCUUUUUUCGAGGCAGCAGCCGAGGCUGGAAUCUACCUAUUGGCUCGUCCGGGGCCAUAUAUUAAUGCAGAAGUAUCCGGCGGGGGGUUCCCCGGCUGGCUCCAGCGAAAUCCUGCCACGUUGAGAACAAAUGAGACUGGGUAUGUCGAUGCCACAAAGAAUUAUGUCUCACACAUUGGCCAGAUUAUCGCAAAUGCCCAGAUUACAAACGGUGGUCCAGUUGUCUUGUUUCAGCCAGAGAAUGAGUAUACUUUUGGAGCAAACUGGGUCACUUGGCCAGAUGUUGAAUACAUUGAAACGGUGAACGAUCUGUUCCGUGCCGCAGGAAUAGUCGUUCCCUUCGUGAACAAUGAAGCAGCAAUCAUUGGGCUUUUUACCCCAGAGAAACCUGGCGGACCUGAUAUCUAUGGCCACGACAGCUACCCAAUCGGUUGGGAUUGUGCUCACCCAGCCAAUUGGACUGCCGGCAACUUGCCAACCGAUUGGCGGGAACUUCAUUUGCAACAGAGCCCGACGACCCCUUAUGCCAUUCCAGAGUUUCAAGGUGGUGCUAUUGACAGUUGGGCGGGCACCGGCUUGGAAGGCUGUGCUUCUCUCACAAAUCAUGAAUACGAGCGCCUCUUCUUUAAGAAUGACUUCAGUUUUGGUGUUGCCAUUCUCAAUAUCUACAUGACAUAUGGAGGGACAAACUGGGGCAAUCUGGGCCAAUCUGGUGGCUACACAUCGUAUGAUUACGGUUCAGCCAUCAAGGAAGACCGCACCAUUGCACGAGAAAAGUACGCCGAGGCCAAACUGAUUGCUCACUUUAUCAACUCUUCCCCGGCAUAUCUCAGCGCAACCCCCGGCAAUCUCACAAACAAUUCAUAUGUCAGCACUUCCGAAUUGACGACCACACCGAUCUUCGGCUCCGACACGACAUUCUACGUUACUAGGCACUCUGACUAUACCUCACUCGAAUCGACCCCCUACACUUUCUCAGUCGCAACUAGUCAGGGUAACGUGACAAUUCCGCAGCUUGGUGGUUCUUUGACCUUGAAUGGGCGAGAUUCCAAGAUCCAUACUACCGAUUAUAAUAUUGACGGAGUCAACCUUAUUUAUUCUUCGGCAGAUAUUUAUGCUCAUUCCUGGAGUGGCAACAAACGUAUCUUGAUCUUAUAUGGGCUAGAAGGAGAGACUCAUGAGUUAGCUUUCCUCUCAAGCCUGGGGGAACCGACGGUAGAGGGCGAUCAUAGCACGGUCAAGAUUGCCAGCCAGAGAGCAACGAUGAUCGUCCAAUGGCAAGUUACACGGGAAAGAAAGGUUCUACACUAUGGCAGCGACUUGGAUGUUUACCUGCUAUGGCGCAACGAUGCCUUCAAGUAUUGGGUUCUGCAGCUUGAGGCACCAGCACCCAUUGGCAAUUACUCUUCGCAGACCAAGGAAACAGUCAUAGCUAAGGCUGGAUACCUCCUUCGAACAGCCACCGUCUCGGGGACAGCACUUAAGCUCACGGGCGACAACAAUGCUACGUCCGAGCUAGAAAUCGUCGCUGGUUUCCCUGACAGCGAUGAAGUCUACUUCAAUGGUCAACGUCUUGACUGCACAAGGUCAUCAAAUGGCCGAUUAUCCGCACCACUGCCAUUUGAUGCGCCAAGAAUUGACCUGCCAGACUUCGAAGCGCAGGAGUGGAAAUUUAUCGACUCACUCCCAGAAAUACAGCCAACUUAUGAUGAUAAUUCAUGGCCUCUUGCCGACCACGAGACAACAAACAAUACCGCCCGAGAUGAUAAUGGGACAAAAUUCACUCUCAGGACGCCUACCAGCCUUAUAGCGAGCGACUAUGGCUUUCAUACAGGCUCUCUUAUAUACCGUGGCUCCUUUAUUGCCAACGGCAACGAGUCGUCAUUGUAUCUUUCGAUAACAGGAGGGUCUGGAUUUGGGCAUUCUGUCUGGAUUAAUUCCAGUUAUGUCGGUUCGUACACAGGGUCAGGCUCGGCGAAAUCGUUUAACCAAACGCUGGUGCUGAGCAACGCGAGCGGAAUGCACUUGGUUAGAGGCGAAAGAUAUGUCUUGACUGUUUUGAUUGACCAUAUGGGCCAGGAGACAAGCUGGACUCCAGGUUACGAUACAAUGAAAACUCCCCGCGGAAUUAUCGACUACCAACUAUCAGGACAUGCACAAUCAGACAUCACUUGGAGGUUGACAGGCAACUUUGGCAACGAAGACUACGCGGAUCAUGUUCGUGGUCCUUUGAACGAAGGUGGCAUGUGGGCGGAAAGACAAGGGUUCCAUUUACCUGCGCCCCCAGCAGACGAGUGGGAAGCAGCUUCGCCGUUUGGCUACAUUGGGGCACCUGGAGUUGGCUUUUACACCACCAAGUUCAACCUCGACAUUCCCGACGGCUGGGACAUACCUCUGAGCUUCGACUUCAGCAACAGUACUAGGGAUGAUGGUAUGCCUCUUGAUAUUAGAAUUCAAUUAUACAUCAAUGGAUGGCAGUUUGGCAAGUACAUCAACAGGCUUGGACCUCAGCAGAGCUUUCCUGUCCCACAAGGCAUACUAGACUACAGUGGGGAGAACUAUCUUGCCCUCACAGUUUGGUCCCAAGAUACGGUCGGGGGCCGUCUGGGUGGCUUGAAAUUGACCGCGAAUGCAAUCAUACAGUCGGGAAUGAAGCGGCCGACAAUGUCUUGGAGCGACGCAUGGGAGCAGCGGAAACUGGCGUAUUGA